GCGUUGGUUGGCGGAGAGAGGCCGCGACCACACAGCUGCGAGGGGAGGGGGACGUGGGGGACCCGUCGCGUUGGAGACGGCGGGACCGGAGUUCCAGUCCCCCCUCCCUCCCCCCCGCAGUGGGGGAGCCCCCGCGCGGCGGGGGAGUCCUGCAGCCCGAGGCUUCCAGGAGUUGGGAUGAAGUAGUGGCGUGAGGACCCCGCGCCUUAACAUAAAAAGGAAAGAGGCUGGAAUCGAUGGUGGUGUGCACUCCUGGUUGUUCCCUAUGGCAGCCACGGACCCCCAGGUCCUGGCCUUGGCUGCUCAGAUCACUGAGAGCAGAGAACAGGACAUCCCCCUGCUGCUGCUGAAGUUAAAGGGAAUUUUGAGCAGUCCUUCCUUAGGAUGUGAAGAAUCAAAUAAAAUUAAGCAAGAUAUAUACGAUUAUGGUCUUACUCAGUAUUGCCUGCUGGUCCUUAAGCAAGACCACUCUCAGCUGCAGGGAGCCUGGGCUACUGCAGCCCAGCUAGCAGAGAUACUAAGUCAUUGUUGUGUAGGGCUAGAGGUGAAAGAAGAUCCUGAGGAAUUUUACAGGAAGUUUCUUCCUUCAGUUAUAGACAGCCUGCUGGUUUUGGGAAAACGCUUGCAAGCACGAUUUAUCCGAGCAAUCAAGGAUAAAGAAAAACAAGACUUUUUACACUGGUUCCAAAUAGUAACUGAUGCCAUCUGCUGGCUGUUCGGUGGGCAUAUUCAACUAGCACCACGUGUACUACAAAAUGAUCGCUUCCUGCAGUUGUUAAUAACAGAUGAUGUUGAAACAGCAAUUGUAAUGAUGUCUGUGUUACACAAUAUUUUGAGGAUCAAUGGUUCUGUCUUGCUUCAAGUUGAAGAAGAGACCCUUCACUCUGUUUUGGAUGAACUUGUCUAUAAGCUGUCCGCUACCACCAAUCCUGCUGUAGGAAGUGCUGCCACAAAACUGCUGUUAUUAGUGGCAAAAUCUUGCAAACAGCUUGUGCAGUUAUUCACAGCUCGCUACAAAGGAUUAAAAGGGCUUUUAAGUAAACAGUGGACUGGCAAAGGAUUUGACAGGGAGGUCAAUCAACUCUUGGACCUGCUGUAUUUGGAACAAUCCAGUGGAAAAGGAGAAAUACAGAAGCAGCAUGAAGCAGCUUCUGUAAUCCAGGCAGCGUGGCGGGGAUUUCAGACAAGGAAAAGGCUGAAAAAGCUACCCCAAGCAGUGGUCACUUUACAGAGAAGCUUCAGAGCUAAACGGGAACAAGAGCUGCAGCAUUUAACAAAACAGAAGGAAGAUGAAGCUCUAAAACUGCAAAUGCAACUUCAGAGACAGAGGGCCAUGAGACUCUUCCAUGAACGACAGCUGGCCUUACUGGAAGUUGUCCAUGCCAGUCAGGUGAAUAAAUACAUGCAGGAAAUGGAGGAGAAAUCAGCAUUAACUAUCCAGAGAUUCUGGCGAGGGUAUAGGGCAAGAAGAAUUUUUCAUCAGCAGAAACAAUCUCUUAAGGAGUAUAAGGCAGCUGUCAUCAUUCAAAGAGCAGCUUGUAAAUUCUUGGAGAAACGAAGGAGGAGGAGACCUCUCUCUCCUUGGAAAGAACCCAAGGGACUGACUGAUGAGCAGAGACUAGCUUUGCAGCAGAAGGUGGAUGACUACAUCAAAUUGCAUCCGGCUUCCCAAAUGUCAGAAGAAAGGAGUAAAGAAUUGCAUGUGCAGGCUCAGGCAAAGCUGGCACAGUUCCUGCUGAGGAACAGGCUGGAUCAGAGAGCAGCGCAGCGGAGAGAGGCUUUGCUGGCUCAGGUCAACACCGAUGUGGAGCUGCUAAUGAAUGCUCCAGGUUUAGCAGAGACCACAGAAAAAGAUUUUGGUGCCUUUAUGAGUCGCUCAAUCCCUGUAGCUACCAAGGCAAGGCAAGCCCACAACACUAUGCUAAAAUACAGUCGUUGGCCGUGGUGGAAGAAGCUUGGAGAUGAGUUUAUGGAGGAUGAUGUAAUUCCUGAUGAUGCUAUAAACACAGAACUGGAAACUCUCUUUAUUGGAGGAAGGAAGUCCUUUUAGGUAACAAGCAGAAGAAUUUCAUAUUCAAUCAGACUCGUAUCUAGCACUAUGCACUCACUUGUGUAUGUUUUUAAGGAAGGAAAACAUUUGAUAAAGACUGAAAAAGAUCAAAGUCUUAUUUUAGUGCAUUUUACUUAAUAAGAAUCCCUUCCUGUACAUCAAGAGUUGGAUCCUAUUGAUUGUUCUAUUGCAAAUAGGAUUUAAAUACUGUAAUUUUAAAUGAAGGUAUUUUGUAAUUUGUAUCACUUUAAAAGUAAGUUCAUAACCUUUGGCUUUUCAGUUACUGAUGUGUCUGGAACAAGAAUUUGAGACUGUGCUAAUGCCUUAGCUACCUGUGCUAUUUUUCCGGUGAAAGACCAGAGUCUUAAAAAUUAGAUCUUGCCUCACUGCAAAGGAGGAAAAAGUGCAGGGGUUUCUGCUGGUUGUAUGUGGGCAGCAGUAUUGGUUCAGCAUGUUUGUUUUCCAUUCUCUCUGGAAGGCUUUGAGUUUUAAUUUUAGUGGAGAUGAAUGGAAAACAAAUAAAUAGAAACAGUGGGCGGAAGACCAAGCCCAUUCAGAUACAGCUGAUACAUGGAAAUUAAUAACUGGAUGGCUGCCAGGAGGAAGAGCUGUGCUCUGUGUUAACUUUUUUUCACAGAACUGUGAUUUGGAAUGCACUGAAUUGGCUCACAAUUCCUUUCUUGGACAGUUAAUUGAUGGAACAAUCCAUUAAGUAUUUUCUAGGGUACUUGCAGAUGUCUGUUGAGCUGCACAGUUCUGCUGUGUUAGUUUUGAGCCAUGCCCAUAACAAGACAGGUACCCUACAACUACAAGAGCAGAGGGUGCAGUCACCCACUGCUCCAGGGGAUGGAAGAUAUCCCUCAACAGCCAAGCUCUGGCACUGGAAAUGGCCCAGCAUCUCUGGAUGAACUGCAGCAAGUCAGCUUUUCCCUUCUAAAUGCCUGAGUCCCCUAUGCACAUCAUCGUCCCCUUGGCCAUGCAGCCUCUGGCCCAAACUAUUUUGAUGCAGAAACCUCUGCUCUUACAUUUCUUCCUAAUCACCCUUAUUCUAACAGGUCCUUGGUGCAGGGAGAUGGUCACAAAAGGGCUUUGCUGAAUGUAUCUCACAUAAAGAGCUGAGCCCCCAUGGUCAGUGUUAAAUACCAAGUGAAUUAGAGAGCCAUCUUCCCAAAAUGCCAUGUAUUGUAAUGGCCUCUGUCACUUGCUGCCAGUGGAGUGGAUAAUGAACCCCCCUUUGGAAUAUGCAAUGUGCUAAAUCAUGGGGGUUUUCAAAUGAACAGAAAGCCUACUGGAAGAUGCUGUUUUGUUGGAGGAAUUAAAAUUGUUGGUCCAGCAGCACAAAUCCCUCUGUCCCCAAAAAAUGCAUUGUUUUACUUUGUGCUUGUCACCAGGAGAUUGCAGUCACAUCCAUUUUACAGACCAGGGAAACUGAGGCAAGAGACCCAUGAGGGAACAUGCCUAUGGCUGUAUAUAGCUGU